AUGCGCGUUUUUGGGUGCCAAGCAUACAUCUUGACCCCGAAGGAGAAACGACUCAAGUGGGAUCCCAAGGCCCGGGCUGGAUUGUUUUUGGGCUACGAAGAAGUGUCCAAGGCGUAUCGAGUUUACGACAUCGAAGCGGGGCAGGUGAUGAUAAGUCGCGAUGUCAACUUCGAUGAGUCGGCCUUUGGAAUGUCGAUGCUGAUUUCCGAUGACGAUGUUGAUGGCCUGGACUUCGAAUCGAUCGAUCUUGAUGAUGAAGAACCGCGUCCGAGACACUUCAAACAAACAGGAAAGCGCAAGGCCCAACCCAGUCACGACAAUGACGACGCAAGCAUGCCCCGAGCAGUGCGCCAACGACCCGGAUUGGAAGAGUCAAGUGCGCCGGAUGACCUCUCUUCACGUCGAGCCAACGAAGAUGAAGAAAGGAAGUCGGAGGAACAACAUGACACACCGACUUCCUCCGCGUUUUGGCAUGCGAGUGCAAACGCCGUCGAAGCAGCGGUCGAUUUUUCGGAGCCGUCGACAUUUGAAGAAGCAGUGUCUGGCCCGGACCAAGUACACUGGCGCAAGGCAAUUGAUGCGGAGCUCGAUUCGAUGAAGCUUCGCGGUGUCUUUCGUGCGGCCAAGUUACCCAACGGAAAAAGCGCCAUUGGCACAAAGUGGGUCUUCAAGAUCAAGCGCAAGGCGGAUGGGUCGAUCGAGAAAUACAAGGCACGACUUGUGGCCAAGGGUUUUCGCCAAAAGUAUGGCAUUGACUACACGGAGACGUUCUCGCCCGUGGUCAAGUAUGUGACGCUGCGAAUGGUCAUCGCCAUUAACAAGCACUUUGGAUGGCCCCUCGACCAGCUCGAUGUGGUGACUGCGUUCCUGUAUGGAGUGAUGAAGGAGAAGGUGUUCUGCGCUGUUCCGGAAGGCGUCAAGAUGGAAGGUGAUUUCGACUGUCUCGAGCUGAUCAAGGCGAUCUACGGUCUCAAGCAAGCCUCGCGUGUUUGGAACGAGACCUUCGACGAGUUUAUUGAGGGUUACGGGUACAAUCCGAACCUAGCGCGUAGUUCUUACGAGAUAGUUUUUACAUCGGUAAUUACCUCAGAGAUGAUUAGACGCGUAGGAUGA